AUUUGGUUGAGGUUUCUACCGCAUUUGUCUCUCUCCAGACGAAAAAUGGGUGCUUUCAGGUUUCACCAGUACCAGGUUGUGGGAAGAGCUCUACCGACAGAGAAGGAUGUGCAGCCUAAGAUUUACCGGAUGAAGCUCUGGGCCACGAACGAGGUUCGUGCCAAGUCCAAGUUCUGGUAUUUCUUGAGGAAGCUCAAGAAGGUGAAGAAGAGUAAUGGACAGAUGCUCGCCAUCAACGAGAUCUAUGAGAAGAACCCAACAACGAUCAAGAAUUUCGGUAUUUGGUUAAGGUACCAGAGCAGAACUGGGUACCACAACAUGUACAAGGAAUACCGUGACACCACUCUUAACGGAGCUGUCGAACAGAUGUACACUGAGAUGGCUUCUCGUCACCGUGUCAGAUUCCCUUGCAUUCAGAUCAUCAAGACAGCCACUGUCCCGGCUAAGCUGUGCAAGAGAGAGAGCACUAAACAGUUCCACAACAGCAAGAUCAAGUUCCCAUUGGUGUUCCGCAAGCUCCAGUCUAAGUCAACUCAGUCACUACAAGGAGUAUCAAGUCUCUCGGCAAUGGCAUCGCACGACCAUCAUCAUCAUCAUCAUCAUCACGAUCAUGAGCAUGGCCACGAGAAAUCGGACGGCGGAGAAGGGAAGUCCUCGUGGGUGGGGAAGGACGGGAAGGUGUACCAUAGCCAUGAUGGACUGGCACCGCACUCACACGAACCCAUUUACUCUCCUGGCUACUUCAGCCGCCGAGCUCCUCCGCUUAACGACCGUAACUUCUCUGAGAGAGCUUUUACCGUCGGUAUUGGCGGUCCCGUUGGCACUGGGAAAACGGCAUUGAUGCUUGCUCUUUGUAGAUUUUUGAGGGACAAAUAUAGUCUUGCUGCUGUGACAAAUGAUAUAUUCACGAAAGAGGACGGUGAGUUUCUGGUAAAGAAUGGGGCUCUUCCUGAGGAAAGGAUUAGAGCUGUCGAAACUGGUGGAUGUCCACACGCUGCGAUCCGUGAAGAUAUCAGUAUCAAUUUGGGUCCUCUUGAGGAGUUAUCUAACUUAUUCAAGGCUGAUUUGCUUCUUUGUGAAUCCGGUGGAGAUAAUUUAGCUGCUAAUUUCAGCAGAGAACUAGCUGACUAUAUCAUCUACAUCAUCGAUGUAUCGGCUGGUGAUAAAAUACCCCGUAAAGGCGGCCCUGGAAUCACUCAAGCUGAUCUUCUGGUGAUAAACAAGACAGACCUUGCAGCAGCUGUUGGGGCUGACUUAUCUGUCAUGGAAAGGGAUGCACUACGCAUGCGUGAUGGAGGGCCAUUUGUCUUUGCUCAGGUGAAGCAUGGGCUUGGGGUCGAGGAAAUCGUGAAUCAUGUCAUGCACUCAUGGGAACAUGCGACCGGGAAGAAGCGCCAGUGAUGGGUUUUUUAGGACCUAAAAUGGAUAAGAGAUGAAACUGAAUGGAACUCUUUCAAUACUUAUCUUGAGGUUUAUGCGCAAAAGUUUAUGUAUCUGUUUGUUGUACGCAAGACAUAAGAGAAAUAAAGGUUUUGAGCAUGA